AUGUCGUGGCAACGCCCCGUCCAACAUAUUGAUCGAAAAGACCUCUACACGAACCUCGAGGCACGUAUACAGUAUCUACACACCUUCCUGGACUUUAGCUCAAAUGACAUCGAAGCCCUCAUUUCUGGAUCCAAAUACAUCAAGGCCUUGAUCCCUGCUGUCGUCAAUAUCGUCUACCACAAGCUGUUGCAGUAUGAUAUUACGGCAAGAGCGUUCCAGACCCGGAGUACGAGCUUUGAGGGGCCCUUGGAUGAAUUCCCGGAUGAAAACAGCCCGCAGAUUCUCCAUCGGAAGAUGUUCCUUAGGGGGUAUCUGAACCGUCUGUGUUCGGAUCCGAGUAAGUUGGAAUUUUGGGAGUAUUUGGAUAAGGUUGGAAUGAUGCACGUCGGCCGUGGUCGAGAACACCCGCUUCAUAUCGAAUACGUACAUAUCGGCGCCUGCCUCUCCUUCAUCCAAGAUGUCCUGACGGAAGCCCUCCUAUCGCAUCCACGACUCCCGCUUCAGCGCAAGAUCGCCCUCGUGAAGGCCAUUGGAAAGGUGAUUUGGAUUCAGAAUGACCUGUUCGCAAAAUGGUACGUGAAGGACGGUGAAGAGUUCGCAGACGAGACUGCCCAAAUUAUUAUCGAGAGAGAAGGUUACUUGCACGGGAAGAAGGUUAUCGCGGGAGAGGGGAGUGGGAGUGAAAGCGAGAGUGACAAGGAGAAGAAGGGAAACGCCUCAUCCCCGAAGUCACCAACGUCAAGGAUUCCAGUCUCGCCCAAGAUACCCGUUUCGCCAUCUUCAUCGGGGUCGUGUCCAUUCCAGGGAAUGGCCAAGGGUGUAGCCGAGAUGAAGGUGCAGGAUGGUCGGGAUGCCGAUGCACAGCAGGAUGAGAAAGUGAUUACUCCACCGAGGUCCCCGACACGGACGAAUGCAAAGACAGAAAAGUCGUGA